UUUGAAACACUCUGUCUUCUCCCUCCCUCCCCCAUCUCUCUCUCUCCCUCCCUCCCUCUUUAUUAGUGCCUCACAUUUUAAUAGUGAAGUCAAUGUCGUGUGAAAGUUUGUCUGGAGCAGCUCGUCCUCGCAGCUGAAGCCGCUCGGCACCGGUGUCGGGGGCGGAAUUGGUAAAGAAGCAGGAAGGGAAGGCUUGUCAUGGAGGAGAGCGACUCAGGUGGGACUGUGCCGAAAAGACAACUCAUCUCGAGCCUGUUGUGUCGUCAGAAGAAGUCUUCGUUUCAGUCCUGGUUCGGGGUCCUGCUCAUGCUGGGUUUAGUGUUUGCGGUGUGCUACACUCUGUCCGACAGCUCUCCAUCAUGGACUCAAUUCUAUGAGCACUACCAGAACUUUAUAAAAAAGACCAACCAGGUUAAUUCACACCCUGGUUAUCCUGUCCAUCCAAAACACAGAGAAAGCCUGAGGAUUAUUCUUAAUAGCACAGAAGGGAUUAAGUACCACCAAGCCUAUGCACCCAACUACCACUUUAUUAUGGAUAACAAAGACGUGUGCAAGGUCUGGACCCCUUUCCUGGCCCUGUUGGUUCCAGUGGCACCUCAUAACGUGGCGGCUCGAGACGCCAUCCGGCAGACAUGGGCCAACAGGAGCGUGGUUCAGGGCGAGGUGGUGAUUACUCUGUUCAUGCUGGGCCUCCCUGGAGGCGAUGAUGCUGAGCAGGUGCAGGAGACGCUCAAACAGGAGAAUCUGAAGCACCAAGACCUGAUCCAGAGUAACUUCAUGGACACCUACCUCAAUCUGACCAUCAAAACCAUGGUGAUCAUGGACUGGCUGGCCACGCACUGCCCUUCAGCGGCAUACGCCAUGAAGGUCGACUCGGACAUGUUCCUGAACAUCGACAACCUGGUGAUCAUGCUGCAGAAGCCGGGCAUCCCCACGGAGAAAUACCUGACGGGGAUGCUAAUGUGGGACAGGCCGGUCGUGCGUUCGAAGGACUCCAAGUGGUACGUCCCCGAGGAGAUGUACCCAGACCCCACCUACCCGACCUACUGUCUGGGCAUGGGAUAUCUCUUCUCCAAUGACCUUCCAGAAAAGUUUGUGGAGGUCUCGAAAACAAUCAAACCCUUCAACAUUGAGGACGCUUAUAUUGGGAUGUGCAUGAAAAAGCUAGGACUUCAACCCACAUCACCGCCAGAUGCCUCCCAGUUCAAGGCCUACAACAAGCAAUACGAUCGCUGUGAAUACUCCAAGAUCAUCACCUACAUUCUUGCGUCUCCAGAACAGCUGGUGGAGUACUGGACAGACUUGAAGAAGCCAGGCGCUCCUUGUAAGUGAAGCGAGUGAAGACAGGAGUUUAAUUAGUGUGCAUGUAAAUAUGCUCAAUGGUGACUGCAGAUGUUCCGAGAAAGGACGCGGGGGAGCUUUUGACCACAAGCAGGUUAUUUAUUGUUUGCACCUUGGUCGUACAUGUUAGUUUACAGAGGCAGACAGUAAUGCCUCGAGCACUAGGAUGCAUGGACACACAUUCCUGUUACAGUACCUGCAGGACGCUGCGCGAAGGUAACAAUGAGUCAUACUCUGUGCAGGAAGAGCACGAGAAUCUAAUGACAACAAACCCAGGGUUGGAAAGGAAAUAAGCCAUAUCGGAACUUGGCAGAAAUGUGUAACAGUUCUUAUUUUACUUUCUGUUUUAAAGAUAAAUUAACACAUCAAAAACUGUACUAUUAAAGGGGCCAAACUAUU